AUGUUUGAAAGCAAACCAGAACUGAAAGAAACAUUUGCAUCUUUCAAAGGUAAAAAUGUUGACGAACUUCAUAACACAGGAUUGUUAAGAAAGCAUGCUUUAAGGGUGAUGUCUACUAUAGAUAAAUGUAUAGCUCGUCUAGAUCAACCAUCCAGUAUGACCUCAACACUUCGAAACAUUGGUGUCCAUCAUAUGCAGUAUAAAGUCCCUAUCGAGUAUCUAGAGGUGAUACUCCCGCAUUUCCUUGUUGCUAUUAAGCCUCAUAUUGAAGCCUUCUGGUGUGACGAUUUGGAGCAUGCAUGGACUCGACUAUUUGAUAUGAUAUUGUUUCACAUUAGAGAAGGGAUGUUUCAAAGUGAUAAAUAUGAUACGAUGUCAAUUUCUGGGACCGUGUCAUAAAUAUUGGCUAAAUUGUAUGUAAAGCAGCAGACUCAAAACACAUGAAAAGAUGUUAGAAACCAGUAUGAGUAAUUAAAAGUAUUUAAAUUGAAUAAAAGCAUUAAGAACUUAAUAAAAUGAAGCGGAAUUUGCGAGACAUAUUUCAGUUGUUCGGAUAAUAUAUAUACACCAUAUAACUAAUUUAGACCCUGUCUAAACAGUUUUGUUGUCGUUAAUUAGAAGCAUGUAUAAAGACGUUUUAAUGUUAAAAUCUUGAGUUUUAGUUUUCCUUUAAUAGUUUUGGAGUUUAAUAUUAAUACAAAUGAGAAAUUGUCUCGAAGAAACUGAUAUUGAUAAGACUGAAAUGAACGAUUAUUGAUGUCAACUGCAAAAUGUAAUAAAAGGGAGGAAUUUACGAUGAAAGUGAAAUAAGAACAAGGUGUCAUUGAAGAGGAUAAAGGUGAAUUUUCAACAUGAAUUGUGUAACAGAAAUGGACAUAUACAAUAAAAUGCGAGCUAUUGAAUUUCCAUCAUAAAGGUCUAUGAAAAAUACCACUCUUCUGAAAAUAAACGUUAUAUUAUCACGUUUUCAUUUGAUUCAUGUUCAUAUACAUCAGAUUCGUUUUCACUGACAAUAAGCUAGAAUAAUAAUAAUUUUGUUCGGCAUUUAGUUCAAGAAAGUCUUGUCUUAGAUUGUGACAUGUUCAUUCAAAUUGAUACUGUAAGAAGAAUCAAGAUAUAUUAUCCGUCAGCGAAUAUUCUAUUUUAUCUCCUUGUAUCUUUGAAAUCUGACGUUAUAUAUCCACGAUUAAUAAAAUACUUUGUUGUUUGGAUCAUAUUUUUAUUUUAUCUGCCUUGUAUUAUU